ACAACCAUCGAUGUGGUUGUCGCAGACCUAGUUUUGAGUUGAUGAAUAGGUUCUGCUUCUAAUAUGUGGGAGAAUAUAAUAUUCUCUAAUUUUCUUGAAAAUGUUACUAAAUCUAAGUAUUCUGACUCUAAAUGUUUGGGGAAUUCCCUUCCCAUUUAUAUCCAAGGAUCGGGAAGCCCGAAUCACGGCUAUUGGCCUAGAACUUAGUUCAGGCAAAUAUGAUAUAGUGUCAUUGCAGGAAGUUUGGUCUCGAAAAGAUUGCGAGGCUUUAAAAAAGGCCACCGAGCAGAUUUUGCCUUUUGCCCACUAUUUCUACAGUGGCGUUAUUGGUUCUGGUUUGCUGGUAUUGUCUAAAUAUCCAAUUUUAAGUUCAUUUUUUCACCCGUGGAGUGUUAAUGGUUAUUUUCAUCGGAUUCAGCAUGCAGAUUGGUUUGGAGGCAAAGGUGUUGGAUUAUGUAGAAUACUAGUUGACAAGCACGUUGUGCAUCUGUAUAACACCCAUUUACAUGCAGAAUAUAGCAACAACCAUGACGAUUACAAAACUCAUCGUGUUAUUCAGGCCUUUGACACUGCACAGUUCAUACGUGCAACGAGAGGUGAUUCGACUUUGCAAGUCCUUGCUGGGGACUUAAAUGCUCAACCUCAUGAUUUAACAUACAAGGUUCUCCUGUAUAUUUCAAAAAUGCAAGAUUGUUGCACUUCGGAAAACAUUGUAACAAAUGAAUUCUACAAAAAUUCGUAUACUCCUGCAAACAACGACGGAAAUAAAUCGCUUGGAGUGCAUAUUGAUCACAUAUUCGCGCGUAGUUCUGAAAACACCCACCUAUCCAUCAUUGACUAUAGACUGCCAUUAACCGAGCGAGUACCCGGCCAUAAUUUCAGCUAUUCAGACCAUGAAGCAGUAUUAGCUAAGUUAUAUUUAAGUGAUUCCCGUAGACAUUCUGUUGCUGCAGAUAGUUGUUACGCUGUUAACACUCUUAUGAAUAAUAUAGAGCGAAUUGGCGAUCAACCUUACGAGACUUCUAUAAAAGCUGACGAGAGUCUCAUAUCGAGACGCAUUGCGGCAUUGCAUGAAUCGAUAUCUUUAUGUGAGAUGUCUUUAGAUCAAUUAAAUAUUGAUCGCAUAUUUUACUACAGUGUUGCUGUUAUUUUCGCAUUCAUUUUAGUGGUUUUCUUAGAAUAUUCGGCACCAACAGGAUUUAGAACAUUGUACAUAAUUUUAAAAUUUUCUAUAUCAGGGGUUUUAUUGUUUUGCAUUUUUAUGGGGUCUGUAUGGAAUUACAUGGAGCUGAAUGGUAUAUUAUCCGGGAAGGUUGCAAUGGAAUUAAUGCUACGAUCUAUUGAUAUUUUUGAGAAAGUUCCAGUACAAAGAUAAAGUUGAAAAAAUACUAAGUAGUAAAAGAACAGAUCGAAGCUGAAAUUUACUUUAACGAUACAAGCUCAAAAUACAUUUCAUAUUGUAAAUUUAGUUUUAAGAAUAUAUCAAGUUAAUUUUAAUAUAAAUAUGUGCAAUACUUUGA